UUGUGACCAUUGUUUUUGAUGAAGGGUUCAAUAAAAGUGGAGAGGAGUUGACUGCGGUAAGUAACAAACACAAAAGUAAAGUUUAUACAAUCUUGUCUAUUUGCUGAUUUUAUUUUUUAGGGGUUGAUUUUGUACUAAUUUAAAAUUUGUUUUAAUUUUUUUAGGUGACAGAACCUUUGGUGAGGGUUCUUCGUAUGGUGGAUGGAGAGGGCAUGCCAAUGGGUUUCAUUUAUGAGGCCAUGGAUAGGGCCAAAGAGGCCAUUUCACAUUACUAUCGUGGAAAUGCAAGAAAAUGUGAAAUCUUUUGGCGCAUCAUUGAUCGUAGGUGGACAAACCAACUCCACCAACCGAUACAUGCCUUCGCCUACUUUUUGAACCCGAAAUUCUACUUCUCUGAUUCAUUUAGGGCUAAUGAGGAGGUCAUGGCAGGUGUUAUUACAUGCAUUGAUAAGAUGACACCUGAUCCUGAGUUGAGAGACAAGGUUCUUGAUGAGUUGGAGAUCUACAAAAGUGCAGAGGGGAGACUCUUCUCAUCACAACUAGCAAUUGAUAGGAGAGGAAAACAACAACCAGAUUUAUGGUGGGAGAAUUAUGGUGCCGGCACGCCUAAUCUUCAAAAGAUAGCUAUCCGUGUUUUGUCUCAGCCAUGCAGUGCUUCUGGGUGUGAACGAAAUUGGAGUGUCUUUGAAAGCAUUCACACAAAGAAGAGAAAUAGAUUGUCACAAAAGCGGCUCAAUGAUCUAGUAUUUGUUCGGUACAACCUUCGCCUUCGAGUUAGACAGGUGGAGGGUGUUUCACAUGAGGCCAUUGACUUGGAUGAAAUUGAUCCAUAUGGUGAUUGGACCAUGAAUGAACAAAAUGAUGGUGAUGAUGUCCUCCUUACCGAAGAAGAAAUUGCAGAAAUAGAGAGAGGAGCAGCACAAGAUGCAGAAGGAGCAAGAUUGGAUGAAGAUGAGGAUGAUGAUGAGGACUAUGACUUUGAAGAAGAAUCAUCUCACCAUUUAGAUACCACAACACCCACUGCUACUACUUCUAGCUCAAGGCCUGAAAAAUUGAGCUAUAUUAGGAAAAAUACAAAGAGGAAGAUGUAGUCUUCUCUUUGGUUUGUUCAUUCACAUUGCUGUUUUUCACAUUUGCAGUUGGACUUGGACAUAUCAUUAUAUGUAAUUUUGUGAACAUUUAUAUACUUAUGCUGCCAUUAUAGUAUUAUACAUUUUAGAGUUGAAACUUGAAACUUGAAUAUGCUGCCAUGAAUGAUGAAAUUUCAAAUA